AUGACCACAAAGCAGAAUCCGUAUAUCUCGGCCACCUCGAGGUCGAAGUUGAGCGGCUUCCAAUACGUUCCUACCAGCAAUAGUACUUCCUCGAUGAAGAAAUCACCCAAAAAAUCGAGCCAAACUGCUGCCAAUGCCGACAAAGAAAACCAGAGGUCAUGGAUGAAUGGCGUGGUCGAAGCCCCCAAAUCCCCAAGCAAAAGCCUAUCGUCAACACAACAAAAGGAACCAAAGCCAUUGAGCGAAUGCCCCAAAACGCCCGCCAACAGGAUUCCUUUGGCCGACCUCAUAAGCAAUGCGGAAGAUGCGAUGAUUAUACCCUCGGCACAAGAAGUAACUCCCGACGAUUAUGUCUCUUGGCAGCCAGCUCCUAUCCAAAGUUCCGGCGCAAAAAGUGGUACAGGCGGCCGGAAUAAGAAGCGACGGCAUAGCUCUUCCCCUACGAGUUCGCCUCUCAAGGAUGGCGCCUCAAGGAAGUCAAAAGAGUCAUUCGAUAUGAAACCCUUCCAGGGCAUUUUGAAAACCCCUCAGACCGACAUGGCUACCGAUUUGUGGAAUAAGUACAUUGGGAAAAGCAAACUCGAUGGAACCCUUGAAAUACCAGCGAAAUUCGCCAAUCUAUCCUCUUCACCCCAAACCCCGGCAUCACAGCAGAAGUCCGGACGAGACUCUUCAGCGCUGCGCAGGUCAGUCAGUUGCAACGUUGAUUGGCCUUCAUCUAAAGCCAAACGGAGAAAGGUUGAUGGUGCCGAAAGUGGCCGUACAGCCCGCGAAAUUUUCUCUCGAUCAAGGAGCAACGUGCUUGACUCUGGAAGCUCCAAAAAGUUAAGCUUUCUUUUGAAUCGAAUCCAAGACACGUUGGCAAAUACAAAAGCAAGCCCUAAGGCUUUGCCGCCUUCUUCUCCUCCACCUCACCAGGAUGAUGUACGAGACGAGUCUUCCCCAUCACCGUCGAAAAACAAGCAAUAUUCCAAAAAUGCCGUUCGACGCCACAUUCCUGAGGUUACCAUGGGAGGGAAGAAUCUGGAGGAACAACUCCGGAAUACCCAAAAUUCCAAGAACCUUAAAACCCCAUCUUCGGAGUUUGGUGACGAUGAUUUCGAUGAUGAUCUUCUGGCUUUAGUGGAAUCAUCAACGCCGCCGCUUAUGGAACCCGCUAAGGAAGUGAAAGCAAUAUCUAAUACGGCUACCAACAAGCAAAUUUCGCUCAAACCAAGACAAUUUUCAUAUUCAACUGAACAAAUCAAUGUUAAAAAAAUACCAUCAAAGCAAUUAUCUCUUCAAGACGACGAUGACGAUGACGAAUUCGAUGAUGAUCUUGAAAUUGGGGAGGGUAUGGAAGAAUUACUAACUCAGUACGACAAGGGAGUAACUGCAGUGCAGAAUAAAGCCCCGGUACAAAGAGAUUAUACACAUAACUUUAAUGAACACAAUCAUGGUGCUGGCAAGCGAGAAACCGAGGAAACGAACAAUCAGCCUGCAAACGCAUUAUCAGAUGAUGAAUUCGACGAUCAGGAUCUGGACCUGGAAGCCAUAGAUGAAAAUGUUCUUCAGCAGUUGGAAGGUCAAACUCAAAAAACUAAAGCCCAAAAGGCUAUCAAACGCUACCUCAUUAUCCAGAUUGCACAAAGCACGUAUGUGACUCAAAAGGGUCUUACACAACCCGAACAGGUACUUUCUGUUGCGGACGAGAGAACGAACCUCAAAAAGGUCAUUAUUCUACGGGAAUCAUGGUUCGACAGUCCUUGCACCAAAAGCUCUUAUAUUCAUUUGAUUGGUGAUUUCGACCAUAGAGGCCAAUGCAUCGUGGACAACUCGCAUAAUAUGAUCAUCCUCCAUCCUGAUCACCUCAUUUCCGCUACUGUCGUCGCCGAUGCGGUUACUUGUCAGCGACGUGCUGUCCUGCAAGACCGUAUCAAAGCUACCUCUGAUAUCAACAAACCGCAGGUCUAUGGCCAUGUCCUGCACGAGGUUUUCCAGGAAGCCAUGAAAGUCAACCAGUGGGAUCUACAAUCAAUGAGAGCUUUGGUCGAACGAGUCCUUGUUCAAUAUGUGGAAAGUCUGUACGCAAUCCAUGUCAGUAUGGUCGAGGCUAUCGAAUAUGUGAUGAGUAAAGUUCCCGAGUUGAAGGCUUGGGCAGAUGUCUUUUUGCGUCCUCAGCCAAAUGCAGAGUGUAUGGUUGAAGAUCGUCACGGAUCUAAAGCAAACCUCAGUAUUAACAAAUUGCUGGAGGUCGAAGAACACAUAUGGUCUCCAAUGUAUGGCCUGAAAGGGAACGUUGAUGCCACAGUCGAAGUCGCGUUCAAUGACCAAGGUGACCAAAAGUCGUUGACUAUACCAUUGGAAAUGAAGACCGGCAAGAAAGAUACAAGUCAUAGCCACCGGGCACAAACUUCAUUAUAUACCCUUCUACUUUCCGACCGUUAUGACAUUGAUGUAACGUUCGGUCUUCUUUACUACCUAGAAAUCAGAAAAAUGUUUCGAGUCAGAGGCAUUCGUCAUGAACUUCUGCAGAUGAUCCAGGAGCGCAACCGGCUGGCCGGUUUUAUUCGAGAAAAGAUGGAGCUACCGCCGAUGAUUAAGCGACAGCAUCUCUGCAACCAGUGCUAUUCGAAGACGGCCUGCUUUGUGUAUCAUAAAUUAGUCGAUAACGGCAAUAGUGAGACCAGUGGAGUUGGCCAGAAAUUCGAAGAAGCCGUUGGUCACUUGGACUCAAGGCAUGCUGAAUUUUUCAAGAAGUGGGAUAGUCUCCUAACCAUGGAGGAAAAGGGCAUGAUGCGAUUCAGGCGCGAGCUAUGGACCAUGCUCAGUACAGAGCGGGAAUCUCUCGGUCGUUGCUUUAGCGAGAUUAUAAUCGACCCUGGAUCUGCUUAUGAAGAUGAAAACGGGUCGAAGAUAAAUCGCUACAGGUACACAUUUGUGAAGCCAAAGACAUCAUCUAGCUUUUCUUUUACCGAGUCUCAGAUCACACUCGGUGAACCAAUUGUCAUAUCUGACGAGAAGGGCCAUUUCGCCUUAGCCAAUGGUUAUGUCGUUCGUAUUAGCCCGAAGAGAAUCUCGGUAGCAGUUGACCGCAGGCUGCAUAAUGCGCGAGUCAGGUGCAAAGGGUUCAAUCCAGAGCGCAACCAGAGCUUCAGGGGCAUAAUGGAAGUCGGCCAAAAGAACGGCUCGAGCUCAGCGGAUAUGGAAGAUCCAGAAAAGCCGAUGGUGUAUCGCCUUGACAAGGACGAAUUCAGCAAUGGCAUGGCCACUGUGCGAAACAAUCUGGUCAGUCUGAUGGAGAACUUUUCUGUAUCUCUACAACUGAGAAAGCUCAUCAUUGAGGGACAAGCGCCUGAAUUCAAGCCAUCGCCCUCCACAGCGAUGAUGCAUAGCUCUUCUCAGGCAAGCCUCAAUGUUGAUCAAAAGCGAGCAAUCGAUAAAGUUAUGAGCGCGAAAGACUAUGCUCUCAUCCUCGGAAUGCCUGGCACGGGAAAAACCACGACAAUCGCUCACAUCAUUCGCGCCUUGGUCUCCCAGGGAAAAAGCGUUCUGUUGACUUCCUACACGCACACAGCAGUUGACAAUAUUCUUCUCAAAAUUCGAGACGCCAACAUCCGAACGCUUCGUCUCGGGGCGGUUGCGAAGGUGCAUCCGGAAGUGCAGCAAUUUGCUGACCUGGCAGCGAUCCCCAAGAAGACGAUCGAAGAACUGCGGGAAUCUUACGAAGAGUCAAAGGUUGUAGCGACGACGUGCUUGGGUGUCAAUCACCCGAUCUUCAAUGAACGCAUUUUUGAUUAUUGCAUUGUUGAUGAAGCCUCUCAAAUCACACUGCCUGUCUGCCUUGGCCCCGUUCGUAUGGCGAAGACCUUUAUUCUCGUGGGCGAUCAUUAUCAACUGCCACCCCUUGUCCAGAACAAGGAGGCCCAAGAGGGCGGUCUUGAUGUGAGCUUGUUCAAGCUUUUGUCCGAUGCCCAGCCCUCGUCUGUGACGAACCUGGAACAUCAAUAUCGCAUGUGCGAAGAGCUCAUGCUGCUAUCCAACACACUGAUUUACUCGGGGCGGCUCAAGUGUGGAACGCCAGAGGUAGCAUCGCGGUCGCUCAAUAUCCCGAAUCUACGAGACGGUAUAAGAAGCCAUCAUGUUACAUCAUUGGCGGAGAUGUCAUCGGAGCGCUGCUUGGGCCCCAAUCAGCGUCGUUGCUGGAUCAAGGACUUGCUCGAGCCCUCAGCCAAGACAAGGCUUGUCAACACCGACACACUGCUAGGACGCGCUCCAGAAACUCUGGUCGGUUCUCGAAUCACGAACACCAGCGAGGCAACGCUGUGCGCUCAGCUUGUUCAAGUGCUCAUCUCGUCGGGCAUUUCACCACGAGAGAUUGGUGUCAUAACCUUCUAUCGGAGCCAACUAGCCCUACUCCGACAAACCCUACGCCAAUACACCAACGAGUUGGAAAUGCACACAACCGACAAAUUCCAAGGUCGAGACAAGGAGAUUGUAAUACUCAGCUGUGUGCGCAGCAACAACGACAACCAAGUCGGUGACCUCCUUCGCGACUGGCGCCGAAUCAAUGUUGCCUUCACUCGAGCCCGAACAAAGCUCCUUGUGGUCGGGAGCAGAUCCACGCUUCGCGACGGAAACGAAUUGCUAAACAAAUAUGUCGCGCUCAUGGAGUCACGUCAAUGGGUGUACGAUCUCCCCAAGCACGCCCUGCAAGACCAUGUAUUUGAGUCCAACGACGACCUGCUUUUCUCACCAACACAACGAAAGAGCAACAAUAACAAAACACCAGAUAAAACCCUCAAACGGAAAUACAAUGCUUCGGGACCCGGUAGUCCCAGCGCUACGAGCCCAUCUGCUCAAAUUAAAGUCAAACGGGAGAGAAAGAUGAAGACGCCUGAAAAGCGCGGUAGUAAAGCUUUGGCUAUGGAGAAGUUUAUGCAUAAACGGCCUGUCUUGCAGGAUUUGAUGAAUGAUUUUAUGGGAUAA